AUGGCGCUCAGCGUUCUCUCCCGCCGGGCGUCCGCCCCGUUUGCCGCCCCGCGCUUCGCGGUGGCCGCUCGCCGCGGCUACCACGAGGUCGUGCAUGACCACUUCAACAAUCCGCGCAAUGUUGGCAGCCUAGACAAGCAGGAUAAGAAUGUGGGCUCGGCCCUGGUCGGCAAGGCGUCAUGCGGGGAUGUGAUCAAGCUCCAGGUGAAGGUGGGAACGGACGGCACCAUUGAGGACGCAAAGUUCAAGACUUUCGGCUGCGGCUCUGCCAUUGCCAGCUCUUCGUAUGCCACGGAGAUGAUCAUUGGACAGAACAUCAACGAGGCGUCGAAGAUCAAGAACACCGACAUCUCUUCGCACCUGAAGCUGCCACCAGUGAAGAUCCACUGCUCCGUGCUGGCGGAGGAGGCCAUCCAGGCGGCUAUCGCAGACUACAAGACCAAGCAGGUGGGGUUCACGGACUCGGGCUUCAGACAGGUAAUGGAUACGGGCGUAUAG